AUGAGCGAAGAAGAAUGGAGAAGCCUUGGAUUGAAGCAGUCACAAGGAUGGGAGCACUACAUGAUUCAUGAGCCUGAACCUCACAUCCUGCUUUUCAAACGAGAAAGAGAUUAUCAACUCAAGUAUCCUAAUGGAAAACCGCAACCGACAACCACCAGUGUUCAACCCGAUAGAAAACCGCAACUACCGACUAUCAAUGUGCAAUUCAAGUGUCAUGAUGGAAAAGCGCAGUCAUCGAUUAUUAACGCUCUACCUAAGUAUCCUGAUGGAAAACAACAACCUUCAAUUAUUAAUGCUGAAUUUAAAUAUCCUGAUGGAAAAUCACAACCGUCAAUUGUCAAUGUUCAACCUAAGUAUCAUGAUGGAAAACCUCAACCGUCGAUCGCCAAUUUUCAAUUCAAACCACAACCAUCAGUCACUAACAUUCAAUUUAAGUAUCAUAAUGAAAAACUGCAACCAUCGAAUUCCAAUGUACUCAGAUGA